CAUCAAGCCCGAGGCGCAGCGGCUAGCCCAUCUUGACCCACCCAGCCACACGCAUGCGCACUUCUCCCACUCUCUCUCUCUCUCUCUCUCGCUCCAGUCGCCAUCGCCACCCGCGAAAACCGCAGCGCGCGCCCCGAGGAUGGUGGCCGCCGGCCGCAAGCGCCGGUCCCGGAGCGCGUUGGCGGUCGUUCCGGCGACGCCGUCGCCGCCGUCGCCGCCGCAGUUGACGUCGUUGCUGGCGCUGCUGGCGUCGUCGGUGUCGCUCGCCCUCAGGUUCGCGUCGGACCGGGACCUGCUGCUGCACCCGUCGCAGACGCUCGAGCUCGAUCCGCUCGUCCUCGCCGCGGCGCGCGGCGUGUCCCGCCUGCUCGCGAUGCUCCCGCUCCACCUCCAGACCCUCACGCUCACCUCCAUGUCGCUGUCGCCGCCGGCCCCGUCGCCGCCGCUCCCAUCCUCGUGGUUCCUCCGUCUCCUCUCGGAGUCGCACUCCCUCCCGGACUCCGCCUGGCGCGACGCGUUCCGCAUGUCCAGGCCGGCCUUCUUUCAGCUCCUCCACUCCCUCGCGCUCUCCGACCCCGCCGCCGCCUCCUCCUCCUCCCUCGCGCUGCCGCCCGACCACAAGCUCGGCGCCGCGCUCUUCCGCCUCGCCCACGCCGCGCCCGCCCGCGCCGUGGCGCGCCGGUUCGGCCUCCCUUCCCCGGCCGUCGCCGCGCGCGCAUUCUACGAGGUCUGCCGCACGAUCGCCGACCGCCUCGCCAUCCUGCUCGACCUCGGCGCGCCCGACCGCAUCGCCCGCGCCGUCCCCGGAUUCUGCGCGCUCUCCCUGCCCAACUGCUGCGGCGCGCUCGGCUACGCGCGGAUCGGGGACGCCGUCAUCGCGCAGGCCCUGGUGGACGCCGAGGGCCGCUUUCUCGACGUCUCCGUCGGGUGGGACACCGCGAUGGCGCCGGCGGAAAUCCUCCCACGGACGAAGCUGUACAGCUCUCAGUCACUGGUGCUCGCGAACGCUCCUCACGGCGAGCUCAUCGGCGGCUCAGUGCCGCGCUACUUCUUGGGGCCAGCAUGCUGCCCAAUGCUCCCAUGGCUCGUGACGCCGUAUAAUGACAUGGACGCCAAGAAUGGCAUGUCCAAAGAGAGCAUCUUCAACAAUGUGCAUUCACACGGGAUGCGGCUGGUGAGGAAUGCAUUUGGGCAUGUGCGAUCACGGUGGCGGCUUCUUGACGAAUGCUGGAAGGGUGAGUGCCAAGAGGCACUGCCGUAUGUUGUGGUUGCUGGCUGUCUUCUCCAUAAUUUUCUCAUCAAAUGCGGCGAACCGGAUCCUGAGGAAAUUCAGGAAGGUGCCGCUGCGGAACUAUUUUCGGACUUUGAAGGAGAGAAAGACAAGGAAGGAGAGAGGAUCAGGGAUGUUCUCGCCGUGCACUUAAGCCUGUUAGGCAUGUUCUACACAUAUUCAAGUGGAGCUCGUAAUGUAGCAUUGUGCUCAUUUUUAACUGUUCAACAAUGAUGUCAGGUAUAUAUUCCUUUGUUCUCAACACUUUUAGAGUUUCAGUUUUCUUAUGUCCACAAAGUCUGAUAAUAUACAGUUAGGUUUCUAGUUUCUUCUGACUACAGUAAAGUAGUGCAUUUUUCUGUCUUCUUAUUUGACCUUUCUAGUUGAAUCCAGCUGCUGAACAACUAUAUUCAUAUGUUCUGCUUUGCCGAUGAUUGUUAUUGUGGGCUAUGGAAAUUUUGAUUUGGAGAUUGCCAAUAGAGUUUUGAAAAAAAAAUAUAUCUUCAGAUAGGGCCUCCUCUCCAUUACUCUGUUUCAGUGAAAAAAGUAGUGGUAGUCUCAUACUCCCUACUUUGAAGCUUAAAUUUAUACCCUUUUCCAAACAACAAUACUUGAUCUCUGUGAAGUUUAAGCAUUAUACCUUUCAGCAUAACUUAAAACUGAAUAUGAUUCCUUACCAUUUUUUUUUGUGGGAAAGGAAGGAAUACUAAAGAACACUGAAGAUAAUGCAAGCGUUUGGCCUACUAUAUUACUCUUGCAGAGUUUAUAUGAAAUUUUGAGUCGUGAAUGUUAAGAGACUGAGACAGGCUAUAAUUCCCAUGCAUUUGUCAGUUCACUUUAAAACUAACCUCUAAUGCUCCUGAAUUACAUGAAACAAGAAUGUACUAUGGUUUUAGGAUACUGAGGAAGUUGUUACUGCAGAUUACUUUAGAUGCAUACUGUAGCAACCAGCGCUGGAUGCAAGAAAUGUAGUGCAGUGAUAGUAUGUAUUUAUCUAAUAUCAUUUUUGUUCUUCUGAUUUUAUUCUUCCUGUUAGAAGUUGCCAUGAUAACCAACACCCCCAACCCAAAAAUAGAAAAAAAAUCAAAGUCGCCGACUGUUAGCUAUAAAAUUAGUAUUGUGACGCCAUAAAGGAGAUACUACUAGAUAAGUACUAGCUGGCUAAUUAAUAGUUUCAAAUUUGGAUCGUGAAGGAAAUGUUAGACCAUAUAUAGUACUAUAUAGCUGUUCUGAACAUGCUUCGUUUUUGUUACUGAACUAACAAAGGGUGUAAAUGAAGUCCCAUGCUUAGUAAUGCUAAAAGAUAUGUAAUUGUGAAGACAAAGUUGGGGAAAUGAAGAACAUCAUAUGACAGAGCAUGAAGAAACAGAGAACAGAAGAACAAUUGCGUACGGUAUGCUCAGAAGUGACAGAGGAAAUGCAGUUCAACAACGAAUCACGGUAAGUAGAGAAAUAUCUUUUCAAAUUCCCCUAUAUCUCCAACUCUGAUCUAUUAUAUUUUUUUAACCUUUUUAGCAUAAGUAGCUUUGGGACCAUUUUGUCCAAUUUUUUCUCUAGAUGUUUGCCAUGAACUAACUACUAUUGUGAAUGAGUAUUUUAGUAAGAGUUUCAUGUUAGAAAUCAAUUCUGCCAGUACUUUCAACUCUAAAGAGUUUACUUGGGAAAGGGAAGCUAUAACAGCUCUAAUUUCUUUUUUGAUGUUGAAACUGUCAAAACGGAUAUUUUUCCGAUGGCUAGAGUUCAUCAUCCACUAGAAUAAUAAUUUUGGGGGGUAAAUUACGACAAAUGCAAUCCUUCAUGGCUUGAAUUGCACAUUCCAGUUACCUCUGAAGUCAAAGUGAUACUGUUUGCUUACAUUUUUGUUUUCACUGCCCGUACAUCCACAAAAUCUACCAAAAGUGGCCUUACCGGCCGCAAAUCACACCGCUGUAAUGUUUGUGGUACUGUCUUUCUUAAAUGGUAUGAAUUGGCGUACGGUUGUUUGGUUGGAUUGUAUUUACAGAAGUUUAUCUGCAGUUAUUCCGUCUACAAUAGCACCAUCUACCGACAACAACCAACCAGCAGGCUGUUUCCUGUGAAGCAGAAACACGACAAUAAAAACUGAACAACUACAGUUUACACUAGCAUGAAAACAUAAGAGUUUUACUUACUCCUACGAGACAAUCUCAGGACUUGGAAUUCUGGUGGUUGUCAGUUUACUGUAUGCCUGUGAUUCUGUGUUCCUUUCUUUAUGCCAUGCACUCAUUUCUUGUAUACUCCACUUCGGGUGUGAUUAGUUCACGCCAAAAUUGGAAGUUUGGUUGAAAUUAGAACAAUGUGAUGGAAAAGUUGAAAGUUUGUGCG